GCCGGCUGCGGGAUUGGGGAGCGACGGGCCGGGCCGGGCCCCUGGGCCCGAGGCGGCGGCUGCGGCGGCGGUAUAAAGCCGGCGACGGGGAGCAUGUAAUGUCGGAAUGCGGAGGCCGCGACGGCGGCAGCAGCGGCAGCGACGACGCCGAGGACGCGGGUGGCGGCGGCGGCGGGGGCGGGGGCGGCCCCGCGGGCUCCGGCUCCCUCAGCCCGGCCCCAGCGUCCUCGGAGGGCCGGCUCCGCCGCGGGCUGCGCGGCGCCUCCCUCAUGGCGCGCCGGCGGCCCGAGCUGCUCUGCGGGGCGGUGGCGCUCGGCUGCGCGCUGCUCCUGGCCCUCAAGUUCACCUGCAGUCGAGCAAAAGAUGUGAUAAUACCAGCAAAGCCACCUGUCAGCUUUUUCUCCUCGAGGUCUCCGGUCCUUGACCUCUUCCAGGGGCAGCUGGACUAUGCAGAGCAUGUUCGCCACAACUCAGAGGUGGUACUGCUGUUCUUCUAUGCCCCGUGGUGUGGCCAGUCAAUCGCCGCCAGAGCAGAAAUCGAGCAUGCAGCAAGCCAGCUUUCAGACCAGGUGUUGUUUGUGGCAGUUAACUGUUGGUGGAACCAGGGAAAAUGCAGAAAGCAGAAGCACUUCUUCUACUUUCCUGUCAUCCAUCUGUAUCACCGCAGUUUUGGACCAAUUGAAUACAAAGGCCCCAUGAGUGCUGUUUACAUUGAGAAGUUUAUCCGCCGGGUGAUGAAGCCCCUUUUGUACAUCCCAUCUCAAUCGGAGCUACUAGAUUUUCUCUCAAACUAUGAGCCUGGGGUUCUGGGCUACUUUGAGUUCAGCGGCUCGCCACAGCCUCCCGGCUAUUUGACCUUCUUCGCCUCAGCCCUGCACUCUCUGAAGAAAGAUUACCUAGGAACAGUACGAUUUGGGGUUAUCACAAAUAAACAUCUUGCGAAACUGGUAUCCUUAGUACACUCUGGAAGUGUGUAUUUACAUAGACAUUUCAACACAUCACUUGUCUUCCCCAGGGAGGUCAUGAACUUCACAGCUGAGAACAUCUAUAAGUGGGCCUCGGAAAACCAGGAGCUGCUCUUCCGAUGGCUGCGGCCCCAUGGGGGUAAGAGUCUGCUGCUGAAUAACGAGCUGAAGAAGGGACCAGCGCUGUUCCUGUUCAUACCCUUUGACCCCUUAGCCGAAAGGCAUCCUCUCUUAGAUGAGAUCACCCAAGUGGCCUUGGAGUACAACAACUGUCACAGGGACCAGGUGGUGGAGCGGCUUCUUCAGCACCUGCGGCGGGUAGAUAUGCCUGGCCUCCAGUCCCUGGCACCGGAGCCACUGGCCCCGCUUCACGAUGCCCCACUGAGGCCAGCGUCCCCCUGCUGUAACACUGUGGUGCUGCCCCAGGGGCACACCUUCUCCAGGACCCACAAUGUGUGCGAGCUGUGUGUGAACCAGACGGUGGGGGGCACCAAGCCCAGCUCAGUCAGCAUGCCGCACUGCAGCUUCUUUGAGAUGGCGGCAGCUCUGGAUUCCUUCUACCUCAAGGAACAGACCUUUUACCAUGUGGCAUCGGGCAGCAUGGAGUGCAGCAAUUUUUUAACUUCCUACAGCCCUUUCAGCUACUGCACUGCAUGCUGUAGGACCAUACACCGCGGUGUGGCAGGCUUCGUUGAUUCUGAGCAAGAAGCCUUCGAAACCCCUGCUGUGGCAUUCUCUCCCCUGGAGAAGUGUGAGGCCACCACCCCCAGCCCCGUUCCUCACAUUGAGGAGAACAGGUAUCUCUUUCCAGAAGUGGGCCUCACUAGCACAGCCUUCACGGGCCUGAGCUGCAGAACCAACAAGACCCUCAACAUCUACCUUUUGGAUUCCAAUUUAUUUUGGUUAUAUGCAGAGAGACUGGGUGCUCCAAGCUCCACUCACGUGAAAGAAUUUGCCACAAUUGUGGAUGUGAAAGAAGAGUCUCACUAUAUCUUGGAUCCAAAGCAAGCCCUCAUGAAGUUCACCCUAGAAUCUUUUAUUCAAAACUUCAGUGUUCUCUACAGUCCCUUAAAAAGACAUCUCAUUGGAAGCAACUCCGCCCAGUUCCCUUCUCAGCAUCUAAUCAUUGAAGUGACAACUGAUACCUUCUGGGAAGUGGUCCUUCGGAAGCAGGAUGUUUUGCUGCUCUACUACGCCCCGUGGUGUGGCUUCUGUCCAUCCCUCAAUCACGUCUUCAUCCAGCUUGCUCGACUCCUGCCAGGGGACGCACUCACUGUGGCCAGGAUUGAUGUGUCGCAGAAUGAUCUUCCUUGGGAAUUUAUGGUUGACCGUCUCCCUACCAUCUUGUUUUUUCCCUGCAACAGAAAGGACCUAAGUGUGAAGUACCCCGGAGACCUCCCCGUUACCCUCCCGAAUCUGCUGAAGUUCAUCUUGCAUCACUCAGACCCCACCCCUGCCCCCCAGAACUUGGCCAACCCUCAAGAAUGUCUUCAGAGCGAAGUGGCCUUAAAGCAGGGCCACAUGGCCCACUUGGAGAGAGAGAUGCAAAGGCUGCGAGCAGAGAGGGGCAGCCUGCACCGGGCACAGGUGCAGGUGGAGAGCCGGCUGUCACGGGCACGCAGGGAUGGGCGCCGCCUGCUGCGGCAACAGCAGAACCUGGAGCGGCAGCACAGCCUGCUCCGGCGGCAUGGCCAGCAGCUGCAGGCCCUGUACGCACAGAAGGCCCGAGAGCUCCAAGACCUGGCCGCCCACUCUGAGAUACUCUCUGAGAACAACACAUGGCUCAAGGUCCUCAUGGCCACGAUGGAGAGGCACCUGGAAGGUCAAGAUCACGCUGAGAACCCCGUUCCCCCUAAAGAGGCACACCCUGACCCCCCCAAGCCUCCAGGUGCCCCCCACUUACCUGGCGGCUCCUCUCCGUCUUCCAGCACCAGCGCCACACUGGCAUCUGAGAGGAAGAAUGAGAAUAGGACAGACUAACAUUGACAUGAAGGAAUCAGAGGUGAAAUGUACAUUGGGAAUGUAUUUAUGCAAAUUUUAUUGAAAUUUAUUGUAAAUAAAGAUUUUCUCAGUCGUCUAGAAAAUGGACUUGAA